UCCAGUCUAGCAAUUGACCUGGCAUUCGGAAUGCACGCUCUGGCAAAAACUACCCAAAAAAACGCCAUUAUGUAUUGUGCCAAUUUGAUAUUGCUGAAAGCGUAUUGGAAAAAUCCCAUAACCAAACCUUCCCCAUAAGUCUGAAGAAAAAACUAUCUGUGUGCAAUUUAAAACUAACAAAUUACGGCGUAUUGUUUGGGCGUGUAGUCCCCGGUUGUACGAAAACGCAUGGCUUGGACAAAUUAAUAUGGGAUAUAGUCGGGCCCCCAAAUAAUUUGUCCUUGUCAUAUGCUUGUACUCGUUUACGAAUAGGAUGCUAUGACCCCCUAAUCACGCAGAAAGACGCCAUUUUCUGGAACCCUGCGCCACAGAACAGCGUCAUCCAGCUUUUCAACUUCAGACUUAGGCAGAGUUUCUGCUUCUGGAAUUCAAGAAAGGUUGCGUCUGGUUAAAGUCUCUUAACUUAAUACUGGGAUCUGUGACCUCUGGACUGAGAGCAAGACUGAAAAUAUUUGCUGCGUGAAAAGUUGGAAUUGCAGUAUCAGUGAAAAAUACCAAACCUGAACUUUAGUUGUGCUUUGGCCUUAAUUGGUCUGGUGUCACAGUGAAGGUUCUUGCUUCUGCAGUCUUUUUUGUGUUGCUGAAAAAGAUCUGUCUGAAAGAUGUCCGGCGAGUCGGAGGCCAAUGGCAGCAACACCCAGGUCUGCCGAGAAUACUUGCGAGGGGAGUGUGACAGGGGCUCCAACUGUAAGUUCAGUCACCCAGACUUGAAAGAAGGGUCCAAUGAAAUGAAAGAUAAAAUCUGCCGAGACUACCUGAGAGAUGAAUGCAGCCGGGGUGACAGGUGCAUUUUCCAGCACCCGCCUGGAUUACAGGGCUCGAAGAGGGUUAUUAAGUUCUGCCACAACUUCCAGAAUGGGCGAUGUCCACGUGAGGGUUGUACCUAUCUGCACUGCACCCAGGAGGAGGAAGAGUACUACAACAAGACGGGUAAGCUGCCCCCCGGUGCAGAAGAGCAGAUCAAGUCUGAGCAGGCUAAGAAGGUCUGCAAGGACUUUCUGAAUGGUAAAUGCUUCCGCAGCCAAUGCAAGUUUGCUCAUCCUGGAUCAGAUGGCUACGGCUAUGGUGGUCCGCCCCGCAAACGUCCCAUGCCUCCUUGGGAAGACCGUAAUGCAUUCUACCCUCCUGUGAGAGAGGAUCGAGAGCGCGUCCGCAGCCUGAUGCGGCUGGUCAAUGAUCUUGAAGAUGAGAAUGUAGUCCUUCGUCACAAGCUGAGCCGUAUACACCGCCAGGUACUGGACCUUACAGAUGAUAACAAGGCCCUACUUGACGAGAACAGGCGUCUUCGUGGCGACCCUGAGGCACCUAGAGCCCCACCCCAUCGAGCGGAGGCUGCAUCGGGUGAUCUUGACAGUUACCUCCGAGACAGGCCAGUUGCAGUUCCAGCUCCUCAUGCUCCCGCUCUUGAUCCCGUUACUUCUAGAGCUGCUGCCAGGAAUACUGGGUUUGAGUCUGAGCGCGCUGCUCCAUACAGUUCUGAUCGCCCAGGUUACGAAAGCCGCCUUUCUUCAGGUUAUGAUUACAAAAUGGGCUGCUCUUACGGUGUGAAUUGUAAAUUUGACCACCCAGAAUGGGCUAGAGGCCUAUCCCUGCUGCCUAAAAUCUGUGGCCAGUACCGCCAUGAGAGAGAUGGAGAGAAAUGUCCUGACCAAGACUGUAAAUACCUUCAUUUCACCGAUGAAGAGCACCAGGCGUACAUAAAGGAUCGAAUUAUCCCAGCAAGGUUUGACUUGAAGUUAAACAGGGACAACAACCAGCUUGUGCAGUACAGCAGUGACGAAGAGCCGGAUCAUGCCAAUAAUGCAAGGCCGAAGAACAGAGCAAGAGAAGACGGUGGUCGAAAUCAGCGUGAUUCAAGGAGGCACAGGAGCGGAAGUCCAAAACGAGAAAGAAGCCCAAAGCGCGUGAGGAGCCGGAGCCCCGUGCGCUCCUCCAGUCGGAGUGCCAAGAGAGAAGAGUCCCCAGAGGAUGAUGCAAAGCGUCUUCAGAAGUUGAAGCACACCAUCAAGGACUUGAAAAAGGAGCUGGACAAUUUAUGGAAGGACAACAAGCAUCUGCAGCGGCAACUUAGUGAUCAUAAAAGGUUCCAUGAAACGGACCAAGAGCUGAUCAACGACUUGAUGAGAACCAGGAACAAGCUGGAGGAUGAUAUCGGCAGGCUCAACGCUGAAAAAAUCGAUAUGACUAAGCAAAUCAGUGACCUUUUCAGCGACAACAAGGUGGUGGUGGAAGAGAACCAGCGCUUGAGAGGAUUGUUGCAAGCACAAGAAUCAAGACUUCCUUCAACUCAGACAGCUACCCCCGUGGCACAGUCCACCUUUCAAGAUCCCUUCAGUACCUCUAGUAGCUCCUCAUCCAUGUUCCAACAGAGCAGCUGGAACUACACCUACGGCCGGCCGAGUCUAGUGAUCUGCAGUGCAGAGUGCCGUGUGCGGGCAGCCAGCAGGUGCCACCUGUGCAGCAAGCCGGCAGCUUUUGAGCAGCAGCAGGAAGCAGCAAGCAGCCUUAAACGGCAGCAGCAGCCGUUGCGGCAUGUCCAGCUCAUAAGGAAGUACCUUCCUCAAGGUUACGGGCAUAUCUUGACGCUUUCGCUGCUAGAUCAUAUAAAAUACGUUUCAUUCCAUUUAAGCAGCUUGCCUUUGAUACUUGAUAAGCAGUUUAGCCAAAUGUCUACAGGGGAGAAAGAUUACAGUGAUGACAUCUGCCGCGAUUACACUCGCGGCGUUUGCAAUCGCGGCAGAAACUGCAAAUACAAGCAUCCCGAGGAGCUAGAAGGCGUAGAGUCCAAGGGCAAUCAUAAGUAUGCCUUCUGUCACGAUUACCAGAAUAGAGAGUGUGUUCGGCCCAACUGUCGUUUCCUCCACUGUUCUCGUGCAGAAGAAGACUACUACAAAGAGACAGGGAAGUUGCCACCACACCUGGAAGAAAAAGUAGCCCGAGGUUACGGUAUCACUGGGGCUGAAUCCAGUGGGUUUGAUGAGGUCCCAAUCUGUCGGGAUUAUCAGAAGGGUGAGUGUAACCGCGGUAGUAAAUGUAAGUUUCGACACAUGAGUAGAGGUGACAUGGAGUAUGAGGAACGACGGCGCAUGAGAAGCCGCUAUCCACCAGGGGGAUAUGGGGAGUUUGAGUAUGAUCGCUUGCGUCGCCGUCCUCUGGAAGACCGCUUUGGAUACCUUGAUUUCGAGACUGGACGAGGCUCAGGUGAUGAGUUUGGGGCGAGGAUGGCUAUUCGCGAGAGGGUGAGGAGCUCCAAUCGUGACACAAGGGAGCUGGAAGAGGAGAAUCAGAUCCUUCUGCGCAAGGUGGAAGUGAUGCGCAAGCAGAUCUCUGACCUAACCGCCGCCAACGAGGUCCUGCUGGAGCAGAAUGCUCGUCUGAGGGCCUCUAAGUCCGAGAAUACCAACAACGCGGUGAUGCAGGCCGAGACCCACUUGGUGAGGUCGACCACUGGGGUGCCACUUCUCUCCCAAGGGAGUGUAGCUGUCAUCCAGAAGAGCGCAGGCACACCAGGGGCAUCUGGUGUCACAGCCAUCAAUCUGAUUGGCCAACAAGAGGGCGGUUUGGGUGACAGGUCGCAGGCUACUCUCAUAGCCUCUGAAAUGCAGACCAUCCCCGUCUCGGUUUCUUUGCAGCAAGAGUUCCAGCCGGUGUCUCUAGCAUCUGUCAUGACCACCCAGCCGACCAUGCCCAUGCAGAGUGUACCAACCUCUAUCUUGACGUACCCCAUAGUGUCUCAUAACAUCCACACAGCAAUGGGUCGUUAAAUGGUGACUUAAAGAGGUGAUCGUAAUUGGGGCCUUGUGAAAUGUUGAAUGGCAGACGGCGUCUUGGCUAUGUGCUUUCCUGUUUUAUAGUUAUACAUGUACUUAGUAAUCAGAGACACAACACUCCUAGUAAUUUUCCUGCCACCUGGCAUCUCGAAAGCGUCAAUGUGCGUUUCUGACCUAAUGAAAGAGAGCCUAGUCUAUUCUACUUCUACACUCGUCAUAUUGAUGUACAUGUGCAGCUAACUUGUACACAUAUUGCAGUUUGUAUAAAAAAAAAUUGUAAGGAAACAGUAGACCAUUGUGGAUAUCGAAGUAGCCACGAUUGCACUUGAAAAGUGCCAGAAGGUCUAAUGGGAUAGUGGGGAGUGCUUUUUUCCCCAUGCUGAAGCAUCGCUGUGGUCUUUAAAUGUUAUCAGAUUGAGUCCCUUUUUUCGAUUGGUGGAUGCUUCGGUAUUGCUGGUUUUGGAAAUGGAUGUCUAGGAUACCUGGAGUUGUCUGUGAAGCUGUAUUUUUCCCAGUUCAUAUAGGCAGCGGCCGCCGGUUUGCCUGUUAAAAUGAAAAUUGAUAUGUAAAUAACUAGUGCAAACAGCGCUCGUAGUUUUCAAAAUACAUGAUUGUGUUUGAAGGGCUUCACUUGCAUAUUGUUUUUUGUUGUGUUGAAGCUGAUUAAGUGUGCGUUAGGAUUCCAGCAUUUUUGCUCAAACCGUUUAAAAGUUCCUGCUUUGUAACCUAUUUUCUUUACAUUCUGUCGCGUUUAAAAGUGAUGUUUCAAACGUAUCACAGUAAAAACGUUUUUUGAAUGCAUGUAGAAAGAAAUUACAGUUACGCAUUUGAUUCAUCAGAGGAUAAUCAAUUUUACGUUAGGCUUUCCUCCCAACAAAAUGGGGUGGGGUAUUGAAAUGCAUAUGCCGCAAGUUAAAUAUGUGUAUAGGCAAAUUGUUUUUGGUUGUGAGUGACUGUGUUUCUUAUAGAAAGAGGUGUGUCGUGUGGACUUUGUCAUUUUCAAGGGAUAUUAAAAGGAUACAGUUGACUCCACCCGUUGGGCAUUUCAAGGUUCCAUGAACCGAAACAGUUUUACUUUAAUAAUGUAAAUACAUACAUUAUAAGGCCUUUCAUGCAUGUAUAUUUUUUCCAUCUGGAAAUUGUCGCCUUCAUUCUUUAUCUAUGAUCUCGGAAAAAAGUGAAUCCAAACCACCAGUAAAAUUUUGGGUUUCAUUGGUUUUUUUUUUGGUAGUUUCUGCUCAUUCGAUAUUAGUAGGUAUGUACAUGUACACUGUAAAAACUCGGGUGUUAAAAUCAACACUUUUGGGUGUUAUCAGAUGACUACACCA